AUGGAAGGCUCAUCAGUGGAACAUGAUGAUGCCGAAGAGGUCAACGACGAUAGUCCGAUCGAACAAGUGAGGCUGACAGUUCCGAUCUCCGACGAUCCAAGCGAACCGGCGUUGACGUUCCGAACAUGGGUCCUAGAUUUAGGGUCCUGUAUCAUCCUUUCCUUCGUGAACCAGUUCUUCAGUUACAGGACAAACCAGCUCUCGAUUUCCUCUGUGUCGGCUCAGAUUGCAAGCCUACCACUUGGGAAACUCAUGGCCGCAAUACUUCCGACCAAAGAAAUUAGGUUUCCACUUACGAGGUGGUCGUUUUCGUUGAAUCGAGGGCCUUCUGCUCUGAAAGAACACGUGCUUAUCACCGUCUUCGCAACGUCUGGUUCUACCGGGGUUUAUGCCAUGAACUUAAUUAACACUGGUAAGGUUUUCUAUCGGAGGAGCAUCCAUCCUUUGGCAGCUUAUUUGCUUGUAAUAACAACUCAGAUGAUUGGAUAUGGAUGGGCUGGAGUGUUUAGAAAACUUCUUGUUGACUCCCCUUACAUGUGGUGGCCUACAAAUCUUGUGACUGUUUCUCUAUUCAGGUACGUGUUCUACAAUGCAUCAAUUAUCUGGGGAGUGAUUGGCCCAAAGAAUAUGUUCGCAAAAGAAUGUAUUUACUCACGCAUGAACUGGUUCUUCCUCAUUGGUUUGCUAGCCCCAGUCCCAGUUUGGCUUCUCUCACGCAAAUUCCCAAACCAGAAAUGGAUUUCACUCAUAAAAAUGCCUAUCAUCUUCAAAGGACCUGGGAAUUUACUUCCCGCAAGAUCUGUCAACUUUAUCAUGUGGGGAAUCGUUGGACUUUUCUUCAACUUCUAUGUUUAUAAAAGGUACAAGGCUUGGUGGGCCAAACAUACCUGUGUUCUUUCAGCUGCACUUGAUGCUGGGGUUGUUUUUUGUGCUGUUCUUAUGUUUUUCACUCUUCAAACUUAUGAUAUCGUGGGACCCAGUUGGGUAGGACUUGAAGCUAAUGACCAUUGUUACUUCGCCAAGUGCCCUACCGCACGAGGUGUGAGAGCCUCCGGAUGCCCCAUGUCUUGA